GGCGCAGAGCGCGGAGCCGCGGCGGGGGCAGAUGCCAGCCUGGCCCGCGGGCUCCCCGCCUCGCCCCGGCGGGGGCACCCCGCGCUCCCACCUGAGCAUGACCCCACGCCGGUCCCCGCUGGGCCACCCCGGCGUUUCCCGCUGAAGGGACCGGCUCCUUUCCGAGCUCCGCCGCUCCCCGCCUUCUCCGCCUACUCGCUGCUGAGGCUGCCGCCUCUCCCCGGAGCUCCGCCGGAGUGAUGGGCUGCAUCGGAUCCCGCACCGUGGGAAACGAGGUGAUUGCAGUAGACUGGAAGGGACUGAAAGAUGUGGACCAAAUCAAUAUGGACAGCACGAGUUCACUGCAUGGCAGCAGCUUCCAUCGACCUUCCACUGAGCAAACACGGACGGAUUUCUCCUGGGAUGGUAUCAAUAAGUUUGGGAGAAAUGUCUCCCUCAUUUUCAGUUGCACACAGAAGAAAUGCUUCAUGGAACAAGGGCUCAUGUCUUUGGAGGACUGGUGGCUGCCACCAGGAGGCUUCUCACAGCCUCUUUCUGCCUCUCCCUCUGGCAUUGCCUAAGUCAGUCCCACUCUCUCCAUGGAAGAUACGACCUCCAUCCUUCCCAAGCUGAAACGCAACUCCAAUGCUUAUGGGAUUGGGGCUUUGGCUAAAUCAUCUUUCUCUGGGAUAUCUCGCAGCAUGAAGGACCACGUGACGAAGCCGACGGCGAUGGGCCAGGGCCGCGUGGCUCACAUGAUUGAGUGGCAGGGCUGGGGCAAGGCGCACAGCCAGCAGCAGCAGCACACGCACGAGACCGCGCGCAAGGACGCCGACGCCUACUCGGACCUCAGCGACGGCGAGAAGGAGGCCCGCUUCCUCGCAGGGGUGAUGGAGCAAUUUGCUAUUUCUGAAGCAACUCUCAUGGCUUGGUCCUCCAUGGAUGGUGAGGAUGUGAGUGUAAACUCAAAUCAGGACAACCCAGCAGGCAACUACUCUGAGAACUAUCAGGAGCUGAUGGAGAGCCAAGAGCACAUGGCCCAGACGCAGUAUGACAGCUGGCCUCACUCCUACGUCUCGCAGGGCAUGUACUGCUUAGGUUCCUCCGACGCCUGGGAGGCCAGUGACCAGUCCCUCAUCGCCUCCCCAGCAACUGGCUCCUACCUAGGCCAGAAUUUCGAUGAGUCCCAGACAAACCUUCAGGAAAGCAUUUUGCUUCAGAGCAGCUUUCUCCAGCAGCAGCAGCUGCAGCAACAGCGGCAGGAGCAGAACUUCAUCCAGAGCACGGGGCUGGUCCACGUGUGGCCCCUGCAGACUGCUCAGGGUGGGGGUGGAGCUGAGUCCAGCACAUACAUGGAGGACCACAUUGAGGAUGAAGGGAACCCAAGGCUGGAGAAGGCUCCUCUCCUAAACAAGAAGCCCUCUCCAGAGGAGGAUGAUGCGGUGUGCCGGGACCUGGAAUCUUUGUCUCCUCGAGAGGAGAUGGAGCAUGCUGCACUGAGCCGCAAAGUCUCAGAUGUCACCUCCUCCGGGGUGCAGUCCUUUGAUGAGGAAGAGGGAGAAACAAACAACUGAUGCUUUCUGUGAAGUUCUCAUCAUUGCUGAACAAAGAGAGGGGUGGCAAGGAAUGCAAUUACAGGGAUUCUUCUCUCCAGCUCCCCAUAUUUCCAAGCAGACACACCUUCCAUUCCUGACAUUUAAUUAUUUUUUUAAAUGAGGAAAAUCUCAAAGUGAUUGACACAUAAAAACCUUUUCUUCCCCCUCCCCCAUGGACACAUAUUUUGGAUUUUCAUUGCUCUGGGCAACAUGUGAUGUGCUUGGAGAGAUCUGGAUUGGUAAAUAAUUUCUAAAUCUUUUUAAUACAAAGUCUUGGCUGUGGAUAC